AUGACUGGACAGCUCAUUGUCCAACCUUUUGAGCAAUCUGGAGUCAGGUUGUCAUUCUUUGUUAAAAGCACAAGGAGUCAUCCACCACUACCCAAUCUACACCUCCACCCCCACCCCACCUACAACUCCAUCCCCACCCAAUCAACACCCCCACCCCACCACACCUACACCUCCAAUCCUAAUCUACCUACACCUCCAACCCUACUCUACCUACACCUCUACCCCAACCCCACCUACCACUCCAACCCCACCCCAUCUACACCUCUAUUUCCACCCCACUUUAAUCUCCAACCCCACCCUAUAUACACCUUCAUCCCCAUCCCAUCCCCACCUCCACUCAAAUCCAUCUCCACCUCCACCCCAUUCAAUCUCCACUUCCAACCCAUCUACACCUCCAAUCCCUUCCCGUCUCCACCAUCACCUCAACCUAUCUACACCUCAAAACCCAUUCUAUCUACACCUCCAACACCUAACCUCGUCUUAACCUUCACAACUUAUUCCACUCUAUCUCCCCCUCCAUCCCAUUCUAUCUACACAUCCAACCCCAUGCCAUCUCCACCUCCAACGCCAACCCCAUCAACAAAUCCAAACAAACCCCAUCUACACCUCAACCCCAUCUCCACAACCACACCAUCUACACCCCCACCCCACCUACAACUCCAUCCCCACCCCAUCUUCACCUCCAACCCCAUCCCACCUACACCUCCAUCCCCAUCUCACCUACAACUCUAA